GCUCGCUGGCCGCCACUGUACGCACGGCACGGACGCGGUGCGCUCACUCGCCGUUCUCAGGCCGGGAGUCAGGUGCGACCGUGGCGCUGCUCCGACCUCCUCGUCGCCUCUCGUCCUGCCGCCUCCUCGCACUUCCACCAGGAAUCCGGGAGGAGAAGCGAUGAACUGGGCCGACAUGUGUACGGUGGUUGGGGAUGGAGCCGAGUUGUCAGGUCUGGACGGCCUGUUCGGGUGGCCGGACCUGAACAUGGACCCCGUGAGUCCCACCUGCAGCCUGGGCGACUCCGUGUGCACAGAGUCCGACUCUGCGCCCUUCUCCACCCCUGCCGACUCGCCAUCCAAGCCCUGGCCGGGACCGGACUUCGGCAGCGUCGAGGGCCAGGACGCCGGCUACGGCGCCUACGCCGGCUACGCUGAUCUCGGCGUAGCGCCGCCGCCGCAAGCGACGCCGCGCACGGCCCCCGAGGUGCCGGUGCUGGCGCUGGGGGUGGCAGCGCUGCCCAUCGAGUGCCGCGUGUGCGGGGACCGCGCCUCCGGCUUCCACUACGGGGUCCACGCCUGCGAGGGGUGCAAGGGAUUCUUCCGCCGCACGAUCCGCAUGAAGCUGGAGUACGAGCAGUGCGAGCAGCGCUGCAAGAUCCAGAAGAAGAGUCGUAACAAGUGCCAGCACUGCCGCUUCCAGAAGUGCCUCGUCGUCGGCAUGUCGCACGAGGCGAUCCGCUUCGGGAGGAUGCCCCAGGCGGAGAAGGAGCGGCUCAUCGCCGAGGUGUGCGCCAACGGGCUCACGGAGGCGGCCGCUGCGGCGGGAGACCUGCGCUCGCUGGCGCGCGUCAUCCAGGAGGCCUACCUCCGCAUCUUCCCGCUGUCCAAGGCCCGGGCGCAGGCCAUCCUGGCCGGCAAGGCGGCCGGCAGUGCGGUGGUGAUCCACGACCACGACUCGCUCGCCCGGGCAGAGGACACUAUCCUGCGCAAGCUGGGCUACGGCACCAUCCACGAGAGCAGCGGCGCCAUUGGCGUCAGCCUCGCCAGCGUCGCCGCCGCCACCGGCUGCGGCGGCUGCGGCGGAGCCUGCGGCGGCGCCGGUGGCGCCGCGGGGGACGACGGCGCGGUGUGCGACGCGGCGGCGCGCGGCCGCGUGCUCGGCAACGACCGCAUCUUCAUCACCGUGGUGAGCGGCGGCGGCGGCGUCGGCAUCGGCGGAGUCCGCAGAGGAGGCUGCGGCGCCGACGCUCAGGCCGACCUGCUGCGGAAGGGCACGCCAGAGAUCCGCAUGUUCAACCGCUGCCACUACCGCGUGGUGGAGUCCGUGCGGGAGGUCACCGAGUUCGCCAAAAGCAUCCCGGGCUUCAUGGCCCUCGACCUCAACGACCAGGUCACGCUGCUCAAGUACGGUGUGUACGAGGUGAUCUUCGCGAUGCUGGCUGCCCAGAUCAACAAGGACGGGCUGCUCAUGGCGUACGGCACGGCGUUCAUCACGCGCGAAUUCCUGCGCUCGCUGCGCACGCCCUUCUGCCACGUCCUCGAGCCCAAGUUUGUCUUCUCGGUGCGGUUCAACGCCCUGGCGCUGGACGACACUGACCUGGCUCUCUACGUCGCCGCCAUCAUCCUGUGCGGCGACCGACCGGGCCUCCUGGACGUGGGCCCCGUGGAGCGGAUGCAGGAGCGCGUGCUGCAGGCGCUCGACCUGCAGCUGAGGCGCAGCCACCCCGAGAGCUCCUUCCUCUUCCCCAAGCUGCUGCAGAAGCUCUCCGACCUGCGCCAGCUGGUGGCCGAGCACGCCCAGAUGGUGCACGACAUUCGGCGCACGGAGGCCGACACGGCCAUGCCGCCCCUGCUGCAGGAGAUCUUCAAGGACAUGUACUGAGGCACCCCCCUUGGGUGGGGGGAGCCCCCUCGGCUGUACCCGCCCCACCCCCGCAUUCUACCCCCCUAGACACACAACCCCCACCCCCGCUGCCCCUCGGUGGAAGGCUUUGACCUUCGGAAACUGAACUCUCCGAAAGUAAACACAACGGGUGGCGUGAGUGUGGGGGGGGGCGAGCGGGGAGGGGGGUGGACGUCUAAACAGUGGCCCCCACCACCGCCACCACCACACAGCCACCACCGGAGGAGGGGGUUGUGGGAGGUCCCCACCCCCCCACUGCCACUGAGCGGGGCAAUGGCUGUGGUCCGGGAAGUCGCAAACUCUGUUCGUGAGCCUGCGUUUGCCACCAACGAAGAAUACGUUAUGAUGCUGCUGCUGCUGCUGAUAAUAAUGGUGGUGAUGACGAUGGUGAUGGCUGGUGAUGGCAAUGGUUAUAGUAUCGAUGCUGCUGACAAUGGUGAAGAUGGUGAUGAUGCUGCUGAUGACAAUGGUGAUGAUGGCAUCGGGGGUGAUGAUGAUGGCGAUGUUUGAUGGUAACGUUUUUAGAGUGGUGAUUGGUGAUGGACGUGGUAUUGAUGAUGAUGAUGAUGUUGCUUGUUGAUGAGAGGAAGAUGAUAUUGAUGACGACGAUGGGGAUGAUGACAGGACGCGUGAUCUCACGCGAUGCCAUCUCCAGACACCUACGACCACAUCACCUGGAGUGUGCCAGAAGCGAGGAGAGAUUUUACGUUGAGCCUGCCCAGUGGUGCUGGCGUCAGACAGACAUUGUGGGGGCUGCCUCGACCUUCGUCGACUCGCACGGUGUCUCGAUUUGAACCGACGCUCGCCCGUGUCACGUGGGGCAUGCACGCACACGUGUAUACACACGUGUACAGGAUCUCGAUCUUAAUGCGAACCAGCAUCACGCGUCUGCUGCAUCACGCCGUGGCUUCGUUUGGCAAUCACCGUGAAUUGGGGGCGGAGGGGCGGACGAGAUGGAGGGAGCGUGGGGCGGAGGGGCGGACGAGAUGGGCAAAGCGGCAUCCGAGACGGAAGAGGAGGAACAGGAACCUUCAACUCGAGGCCCACGGCCACAACUGGACGGCUUCCCCUUUCACUUUCUUCUCUGCCCGGUUCCGCUUUAUGUUGGGGGCGGGGUGGGUGGGUGGGUUCAGCCACCAGCGCCGUCAUGAAGGACGCGUAAACAUUCACCCUCCCCCCCCCGCGGCAUCGUGGUAAAAAUAAUCCGGGCAACGCGACAGAGUGAAGAACGGCCAGUUCCAUGUGACAUCCGGGGGGGGCGGAGGGUGACACGGGGGACAGCGGCUUGGCUACCGUGGGGUGGGCGGAACCAUCGCCACAAAUGGAACUCUUCAGGGACACUACCGGCUAUGGAUGUAAACGCAUCUCCUCUGUACCGGGGGUGCUUGGGGCGGGGGGUUGCCACCUCCGAGUUCACAAAAACCGGGACGUAUCGUGUGCAAGAGGAUAUCGCACACGGCCACGCAGGUGCACCCAUUAUUCUGGAGUUGUUGAUGCCUCAUUACUUAUCGGAGCUUCCGUUGUUGCUCUCGCUCGAUGUCUGUUCGGAACGCUGCUCGGCGGGCUUGGGAGUCCGGGGUUCCACGGCGUUGGGCGAAAACCGUCGGAGUGGCAAAGCCUGCCCGAUAAUAAUCCCGUACGAUUCAACUCUCUUUGUCCCGCAUUGAAAUAAUCCUGUCAGCUGCGUUGCGAAAACGAGACUGACGCGAAGAGGCGAAGUGGAUGCGGCGUGGCCGAAAUGACUCCCAACGAUUGGUGGGAAAUGGUGCACCGCGUGCAUCAUCAUCACCACCAUAAUCACCGUCAUCACCACCGCCAUCACCAUCACCACCAUCACCACCAUCACCACCGCCAUCAUCAUCACCACCACCAUCACCACCAAGGCCAUCACCACUAUCACCACCAUCACUAUCACCACCAUCACUACCACAACCAUCACUACCAUCACCACCACUACCACGACGGUUCUCAUCAAACUGACAGAAGCGGGGGUAGGGGGUGUGGGGGGGGGGGCUCGGCUCUCCCAGGAGGACGUCAGAGCUGCCUCUUCAAUAACGAGAGGUCGAUCUCGGGGGGAAACCCCGGGACAGGUGGCAACCCUAAGCACAGUCCCUGCGUGCGUUCACCUCGCCAUCUCCGCACGCCGAGAUUCGGGCGGAGGUUGCGGAUGUGGGACUCUAGAGUCGAGAUUUAUCAUCUCAGGGAGGGAGGGGGGGGGUGAGAGUCUGCCUCCUUCGUUUCGUGUCGUCUCGGUUGCGUCGUUUUGUCCGAUUGUUGGUGUCGUUUGUUCCGUCUGCGUUGGUGGUGUCGUUCGUUCCGUCUGCGUUGGUGGUGUCGUUUGUUCCGUCUGCGUUGGCGGUGUUGUUCCGUCUGCGUUGGUGUCGUUCCGUCUGCGUUGGCGGUGUCGUUUGUUCUGUCUGCGUUGGCGGUGUUGUUCCGUCUGCGUUGGUGUCGUUCUGUCUGCGUUGGCGGUGUCGUUUGUUCCGUCUGCGUUGGUGGUGUCGUUUGUUCCGUCUGCGUUGGCGGUGUCGUUUGUUCCGUCUGCGUUGGUGUUGUUCCGUCUGCGUUGGUGGUGUCGUUCGUUCUGUCUGCGUUGGUGGUGUCGUUUAUUCCAUCUGCGUUGGCGGUGUUGUUCCGUCUGCGUUGGUGGUGUCGUUCGUUCCGUCUGCGUUGGUGGUGUCGUUCUGUCUGCGUUGGUGGUGUCGUUCGUUCCGUCUGCGUUGGCGGUGUUGUUCCGUCUGCGUUGGUGGUGUCGUUCUGUCUGCGUUGGUGGUGUUGUUUGUUCCGUCUGCGUUGGCGGUGUUGUUUGUUCCGUCUGCGUUGGUGGUGUCGUUUGUUCCGUCUGCGUUGGCGUUGUCGUUUGUUCCGUCUGCGUUGGUGGUGUCGUUCGUUCCGUCUGCGUUGGCGGUGUUGUUCCGUCUGCGUUGGCGGUGUCGUUUGUUCUGUCUGCGUUGGCGGUGUUGUUCCGUCUGCGUUGGUGUCAUUCUGUCUGCGUUGGCGGUGUCGUUUGUUCUGUCUGCGUUGGUGGUGUCGUUCCGUCUGCGUUGGUGGUGUCGUUUGUUCCGUCUGCGUUGGCGGUGUCGUUCGUUCCGUCUGCGUUGGUGGUGUCGUUCUGUCCGCGUUGGUGGUGUCGUUCUGUCUGCGUUGGCGGUGUCGUUCCGUCUCGUGAUUCCCGAGCCGAUUGUCCGGCAACUCUGCGGGUGCCUCCGCGUGCCGGGUUAAAAGUAAUGAGAAGAAUCGACACUCGUUCGCGGGCGCGAAAAUACUCUAUGCAAUGUACCUGGAGCCAAAAACUAAUUGAUGUAAAUAAUCGAUCAUUAAUCGAUGAAUAAUCGCUACCCCCGUAUUCUCCGGAGUAUAAGACACGAUCCGGAAAGUAAGACGCCACUCCGGGUGUCUUCCCUGUGUAAAUUAAGUUAACACCGUACACAGCUACCGGAGUAUAAGACGCACUCCCAAACGUUUGCUUUAACGUAGCGUGACGGGGGGCAGGGGGGGGGUUAUUGAGUGCGUCUAACAAUCCAUAGAUUAUUCUCAUUGUCUAUCGCUGGGCUGUUGGGGGGCGGGGGGAAGGAAGGAAGGGGGGGGGGGGGUGAUGCUGUGAAGGAGCGAGGUGUAGACUUGUGCACCACACACACGUCCCGUGUAUUUGUACAUAUCGCAGCGAGACCAGGUGCUGUUGAUGAUGACGGGAACAAUGGAGCAAUGCAAGGAACUAAAAGAGGAGGUGGGGAUGAUUGACGACCUUGGGUGGUGGCC